AUGUGGACGUCGCCUGCGCGUCGAGGGCAUCUUGCCAUCUGUGUACAAUGGGUCGACGGCGGCUAUAAGCUUCGGAAAGCGCUACUCGGGCUCCCCCAGGUAGCACACAGCCAAAGCGGAGAACGUCAAGCUGAGCACGUCCUCGGUGUCUUCCGAAGCUACGGUAUUACUACCAAGAUCGGCUAUUAUACUGGCGAUAAUGCUACCUCGAACGAUACGCUUCUAAAGGCGUUAUCAGGCCAUUUAACUUUGGGCCUCGCCCUCGAAGCUGCGCUUAAGGCAACUGAACUGGCCGAAAAUGCGGACCCGUAUGAGAUAUUGUCCGCCACGAUAGGAGUACCAAUGGCUCAAAAUAAUGGCGACGGGGUGAGAGCAGCGCUCCGUCUGCCUUUGUCUUCUCUUUGCGACCUGGUCCGAUGUCCUGAGACUUACCCCAUGGACUUGCUCAACAUGACUUCGGAAAUGAUCCACGUGGUCAAAUUUCUCCUGCCUGCAUUUCGAAUGGCCACACAAAAUUGCCUCACCACCCGCACUUCUGCUGGUAAGCGUCUCAUUUCACCGACACGGUCGGUGAAGUUCAGUGAGCCCCGCUUUGCCCUCGCAGAAAGCAACGCGGCCAGGACUAAACUGCCGCAGAAGCAUUUCGACCUGUUUAUCGAGCCUCGCGGCGGCUUCACCCAAAAUCUGUUCGCUCUAUCGUACCACGGCCCUACCACACGUAGGGCAAUGUUCAGCGGACCGCAUGGAAAGAAGCUACCAGUACAUUCAUAUGAAAAUGUUGUUAUGCUGGCCACCGGAUUUGGCAUUGCCGCUCACCUGCCGUAUCUGCGGAAGCUGAUUCACGCGCGACUUCAACGCGCAGGAUUCAUCUAG